CGGCUGGCUAUCAGGCCGCGUGUUAUUAUGGUCUGGCAAGAACAUUCCAGGGAGUCCUCCACACUGAGGCACACGCUCGCUCCUUCUGAGGCGGAAACUCGUCUCGUGCCACUUUUGCGCUGGUUUGGCGCGCUGUUCGGGCCCCACCAUGAUGCCACAGCAGCACCUCCAGACUUUGCCGCUGGAUGACGAUCCGGAAGAUGAGCAGGAAUUGGAGGAGAUGCCGGCCACGGAGAAGGACCUGGCCGAAGACGCGCCCUGGAAGAAGAUCCAGCAGAACACCUUCACCAGGUGGUGCAAUGAGCACCUGAAGUGCGUCCACAAGUGCAUGCUGGACCUGCAGAAGGACCUGGCGGACGGCCUGAGGCUCAUUGCCCUGCUGGAGGUCUUGAGCCAGAAGAACAUGUACCGCAAGUACCACGCCAGGCCCAACUUUCGCCAGAUGAAGCUGGAGAACGUGUCGGUAGCGCUGGAGUUCCUGGAGCGACAACACAUCCGCCUGGUGUCCAUCGACUCAAAAGCCAUCGUGGACGGGAAUCUGAAGCUGAUCCUCGGUCUGAUCUGGACGCUCAUCCUGCACUACUCAAUCUCCUUACCCAUGUGGGAGGACGAGGACGACAAGGACGCCAGGAAGCUGACACCCAAGCAGCGUCUUCUGGGCUGGAUCCAGAACAAGGUGCCCCAGAUGCCCAUCACCAACUUCCACCGCGACUGGAGGGACGGCAAGGCACUGGGUGCCCUGGUGGACAAUUGUGCCCCAGGUCUCUGUCCAGACUGGGAAACUUGGGAUCCAGGUCAGCCAGUGGAGAACGCCAGAGAGGCCAUGCAACAGGCAGAUGACUGGUUGGGCGUUCCUCAGGUCAUCGCUCCAGAAGAGAUCGUGGACCCCAACGUGGACGAGCACUCGGUUAUGACCUACCUGUCACAGUUUCCCAAAGCCAAACUGAAGCCGGGCGCCCCCUUGAGGGCAAAGACUCUGCAUCCCAAGAAGGCCAAAGCCUUUGGGCCCGGCAUUGAAGCUCGUGGGAACGUGGUUCUCAAACCAGCAGAAUUUCUGGUGGAAACGGUGGAGGCCGGACUGGGCGAGAUUCUGGUUUAUGUUGAAGACUUGGAGGGGCACACAGAAGAGGCCCGAGUGAUCCCCAACAAUGACAAGAACCGAACCUACUCGGUGGUCUACCUACCCAAAGUGGAGGGUCUCCAUAAAGUCAAGGUUCUGUUUGCGGGCCAAGACAUUGACGGGAGCCCUUUCAUGGUCCAUGUCUCCAAAGCGAUGGGGGACCCGACCCGGGUGCAGGCUCGCGGCCCGGGACUGCAGAACGCGGGAAACAUGGCUACCAAGCCGACCUACUUUGACAUCUACACAGCCGGCGCUGGCGCUGGUGAUGUGGGUGUGACCAUCGUGGACUCAAAUGGGCGCCGGGACACCGUGGAGGUGGUUCUGGAGAACAAAGGGGACAGCAUCUUCCGAUGCACCUAUGUACCCGUGCUGGAGGGGCCGCACACCGUCUACGUCACUUUUGCCGGACAGCAGGUUCCCAGAAGCCCCUUCCCCGUCUUCAUUGCCAAAGCUCCACAGAGCGUGUCGCUCCCCCCACCGGUGUCUGCCGUGUCUCCGGCGCAGCUUGUGCCUCAGUCAGUAUGCGCCCCGCCAAAGAGAGCCCCCCCUCCAACGCCACCUAAACCCAGGCGACCAACCUGCAACCCAAACGCCUGCAGGGCUUUCGGCCGAGGUCUGCAGCCCAAAGGUCUGAGGGUGAAGGAAGUGGCCGAGUUUAAAGUGGACGCCCGAAGCAGCGGAACCGGCGAGCUGCGGGUGGCGGUGAAGGGACCGAACGGCCUGGAGAACCCCGUGAAGGUGGUUGAGGUGGACAGCAGCCGCUACGAGUGUAACUACUACCCCAUCGUGACAGGAAGUUACAUCAUCAACAUCACUUGGGGUGGUCACAGCAUCCCGCGCAGUCCCUUUCAAGUCUACGUGAGUGAGGAGGCCGGGCCUCAGAAGGUGCGGGCCUGGGGUCCUGGUCUGGAGACGGGUAUGGUGGGAAAGAGUGCCGACUUUGUUGUGGAGGCCAUCGGGACGGAGGUGGGAACCCUCGGCUUCUCCAUCGAGGGUCCGUCUCAGGCCAAGAUAGAGUGCGAUGACAAAGGGGACGGCUCGUGUGACGUCAGGUACUGGCCCACUGAAGCCGGCGACUACGCCGUCCACGUCAUAUGUGACGACGAGGAUGUGAAGGACAGCCCCUUCAUCGCGCACAUCCUGCCUGCUGCGAUGGAUCUUCACCCAGAAAAGGUGAGGUGCUACGGACCGGGCCUCGAACCCGUCGGCUGCAUCAUCAACAAACCGGCGGAUUUCACCAUCGACAGCCGAGCCGCCGGCGCCGGCGAGCUCAGGCUCUACGCUCAGGAUGCCGAAGGCUGCCCGAUAGACGUGGAGAUAAGGGACAAUGGCGACGAGACCUUCUUGUGUGUUUACAUCCCCACAAAGCCCAUCAAGCACACCAUCGUCAUUACGUGGGCUGAGGUCAACGUUCCCAACAGCCCCUUCAGGGUGAGCAUCGGAGAGGGCAGCCACCCGCAAAAUGUGAAGGUUUUCGGUCCCGGCGUGGAGAGAAGCGGACUCAAGGCCAACGAGCCCACCUACUUCACGGUGGACUGUGGCGAGGCGGGACAAGGUGACGUCAGCAUUGGCAUCAAGUGCGCGCCUGGUGUGGUCGGACCAGCCGAGGCCGGCAUCGACUUCGAUAUCAUCAAAAAUGACAACGACACGUUCACGGUCAAGUACACGCCGCCGGCCCCGGGCCAGUACACCAUCAUGGUGCUCUUCGCCGACCAGGAAAUUCCAAUCAGCCCCUUUCGGAUAAAAGUGGAUCCUUCCCAUGACGCGGCCAAAGUGAGAGCAGAAGGACCUGGACUCAACAAAUUGGGUGUAGAAGCAGGAAAGCCAACACACUUCACCAUCUACACCAAAGGAGCCGGCAAAGCUCAGCCCGAGGUCCACUUUGGAGGCGGCGCGAAAGGUGACAUGGUUCGAGACUUUGAGAUCAUCGACAACCACGACUACUCGUACACAGUCCGCUACACCGCGACACACCAGGGAAGUUUGUCCAUCACCGUCCUCCACGGGGGCGACGCCAUUCCCAAAAGUCCAUUUCACAUCAAAGUGGCUCCACCUCUGGACCUCAGCAAAGUUCUCGUUCACAACCUGAACAACAAGGUGAACGUCGGAAAGGAUCAGGAGUUCAGCGUCAGUACUUCGGGCGCCGGCGGUCAGGGCCAACUGGAUGUGAAGAUCAUUUCUCCCUCUCACCGACCGAUUCCAUGCAAGCUGGAGUCCGGCGCAGCCAAUGAGAUUCAUUCGGUGAGGUACAUCCCGUCGGAGGAGGGGCCUUACAGAGUGGAAAUCAGCUAUGACGGGAACCCCAUCCCGGGAAGUCCCUUGGCAGUGGAGGCCACCUUACCCCCCGACCCCUCCAAGGUGCAAGCCUACGGCCCGGGUCUCGAGGGCGGCGUGGUGGGUAAACCGGCCCACUUUGCCAUCGACACAAAGGGAGCGGGCACCGGUGGUUUAGGCCUGACAGUGGAGGGUCCCUGCGAGGCCAAGAUCGAAUGCCAGGACAAUGGCGACGGGUCUUGCUCCGUGUCCUACCUGCCCACCGAGCCCGGCGAGUACAACAUCAACAUCCUGUUCGCUGACCAACACAUCCCCGGCUCCCCUUUUAAGGCCGCCGUCCAGUCCCCGUUCGACCCCAGCAGGGUGACGGCCAGCGGGCCCGGUUUGGAGCAGGGGAAAGCCCACCAAGCCGGUUCCUUCCUGGUGGACUGCUCCAAAGCCGGAGAGGCGGAGCUCACCAUCGAGAUCGUUUCCGAGUCCGGCUCCAAAGCCGAAGUUCACGUGGAGAACAACGGCGACGGAACCUACUCCAUCACCUACAUCCCGCGAUCUCACGGCGCGUACACCAUCACCAUCAAGUACGGCGGACACCCGGUACCAAAUUUCCCCACAGGCCUGCAAGUGGAAGCAGCCCUGGACAUCAGCGGCGUCAAGGUCUACGGACCUGGCGUGGAACCCAGGGGAGUCCUGAGAGAAGUCACCACACACUUCAUCGUGGAUGCCAGAAGUGUUUACCAGACGGCCGGCGGCCACGUCAAAGCGUACAUUUCCAAUCCGUCAGGCGCCAGCACAGACGCCUACAUUAUGGACAAGGCCGACGGCACGUACCACGUGGAGUACACACCUUUCGAGGACGGUCUGCAUGUCAUCGAGGUGUUGCUGGAUGAUGACACAGUCCCCAAGAGUCCCUUCAGGGUGUCCGUAAGUGAAGGUUGUGACCCAAGUCGAGUUCAGGCCUACGGGCCGGGCCUGCAGGAGGGUCUGGUCAACAAGCAAAACCGCUUUACAGUUGAGACCAGGGGUGCAGGCACCGGGGGCCUUGGCCUAGCCAUCGAGGGCCCGUCUGAGGCGAAGAUGUCCUGCAAGGACAACAAAGAUGGCAGCUGUAGUGUGGAGUACAUUCCCUUCACUCCUGGAGAGUACGACGUCAAUAUCACCUUUGGGGGACUUUCCAUUCCAGGAAGUCCAUUUCGAGUCCCUGUGCGAGAGGUGGUGGACCCCACCAAAGUGCGCUGUUCCGGACCGGGCCUCGGAAGCGCCGUUCGUGCUCAGGUCUUUCAGACCUUUACGGUGGACUGCAGCAAGGCCGGCGUAGCCCCGUUGGAGGUCCAGAUCUUCGGCCCCACAGGUGUCACCGAGCCCAUCAGCAUCUUAGACAACGGUGAUGGGACGCAUACGGUGAAUUACACCCCCGCCAACGACGGCGCUUACACCAUCUACAUCAAGUACGCCCAGCAGGAGGUCCCUCGGAGUCCGUUCAAGAUCAAGACCCUGCCGGCUCACGAUGCCAGCAAAGUCCGCGCCAGCGGCCCCGGUCUGAAUUCGUCGGGCGUUCCCGCCAGUCUGCCGGUAGAGUUCACCAUCGACGCCAGAGAUGCCGGCGAAGGACUGCUCACGGUUCAGAUCGUGGGUCCUGACGGGUGCGGGCACCAGGCUUCCGUGUUUGUGCAGGACUGGCACACGCGUGUCUGGGAAUCUCAUAUAGUCAAGAGAACCAUCCCGUUCUCCAUUCUUAAGAGAGCCUGUGAUCCUGAGAGCAAGCCCAAGAAGGCCAACAUUCGGGACAACCGCGACGGCACCUACACGGUGUCCUACGUCCCGGACAUCGCAGGCCGCUACACCAUCACCAUCAAGUAUGGCGGGGACGAGAUCCCGUACUCGCCGUACCGCAUCCAUGCUGCACCCUCUGGGGACGCCAGCAAGUGUCUCGUCACAGUGUCCAUCGGAGGACAUGGACCAGGGUCCGGUGUUGGCCCCACCAUCCAGAUUGGAGAGGAGACGGUCAUCACGGUGGAUGCCAAGGCUGCCGGGAAAGGCAAGGUCACCUGCAAGGUGUCCACGCCGGACGGGGCGGAACUGGACGUGGACGUGGUGGAAAAUGCAGACGGGACGUUUGACAUUUACUACACGGCGCCGGAACCCGGGAAGUACGUCAUCACCAUCCGCUUUGGAGGGGAGCACAUCCCCAACAGUCCUUUCCACGUACUGGCGACCAACGAUGCCACGGGCUCCAUCAAUGAGACGGAGGCCGUGCUGCGGCCGUUUAGUCUGGUCAUUCCCUUCACUGUGCAGACGGGCGACAUCACGGGUGAAGUGCGAAUGCCGUCCGGUCGCGCGGCCCAACCACAGAUCGUCGACAACAAGGACGGCACCGUCACCGUCAAGUACUCUCCGAUCGAGUGCGGCCUGCAUGAGAUGGACAUCAAGUACGAGGGCCAGCACAUCUCAGGAAGUCCGCUUCAGUUCUUUGUGGAUGCCGUGAAUAGCGGUCACGUGACAGCGUACGGCCCGGGUUUGAGCCACGGUGUGGCCGGCUCGCCAGCCACCUUCACCAUCGCUACCAAGGACGCCGGAGAAGGCGGUUUGUCUCUGGCAGUGGAAGGACCAUCCAAAGCCGAAAUCAGCUGCAAGGACAACAAAGAUGGCACCUGCACUGUUUCCUACCUGCCCACAGCGCCUGGCGAUUACAUUAUCAUCGUCAAGUUUGAUGACCAGCACAUUGCCGGCAGUCCGUUCACCGCCAAGAUCACCGGCAACGACCCUCUCGCCAUGUCUCAGCUCAACGUCGGCACGGCGACCGACGUCUCCUUGAGGAUCGUGGAGACGGACCUGGGCAGUCUGACGGCGACCAUUCAAGCGCCAUCGGGAAGCGAAGAGGCAUGCCUGCUGAAGAGACUCCCCAACAGACACAUUGGCAUCUCGUUCACACCCAAGGAAGUGGGCGAGCACGUGGUGAGCGUGAAGAAGGGCGGCAAGCACGUGACCAACAGCCCAUUCAAGAUCAUGGUGGCGCAGUCCGAGAUCGGGGAUGCCAGCAAGGUGAAAGUGUUCGGGCCGGGACUGCUGGAGGGACGCACCUUCGAGGUGGCCCACUUCAUCGUCGACACGAGGACCGCCGGCUACGGAGGUCUGGGUCUAUCCAUCGAGGGUCCCAGCAAGGUGGACAUCAACUGCGAGGACGUGGAGGACGGCACGUGCCGCGUCACUUACUGUCCCAGUGAGCCCGGAAACUACAUCAUCAACAUCAAGUUUGCCAACCAGCACGUCCCAGGAAGUCCUUUCACCGUCAAAGUGUUUGGUGAGGGCAGGAUGAAGGAGAGCAUCACCAGGAAGCGGCAGGCGCCCGCCAUUGCCACCGUGGGAAGCACAUGUGACCUUGACCUCAAGAUCCCGGGCAACUGGUUUCAAAUGGUUUCGGCGCAGGAGCGGGCGACUCGCACGUUCACGCGUAGCAGCCACACCUACACGCGCACCGAGCGCACAGAGAUCAGCAAGACCCGUGGCGGCGAGACCAAGCGAGAGGUCCGCGUGGAGGAGAGCACGCAAGUUGGAGACCCCUUUCGGGACGUCUUUGGAGACUUCAUGGGGCGGGAAAGUCUGAGCGGCUUUGGCGGAAAGUCGCCACCGCAGGAUGGUGAGCCGGCCCACCAAGAGAUGGCGGCUCAGGUGACCAGUCCCGGUGGCAAGUGUCAGGACGCCGAGAUCAUCCGCGGCGAGGAUAGCACGUACAGCGUCCGCUUCGUGCCACAGGAAAUGGGCGCUCACGUGGUGGAGGUCAAGUAUCGCGGACAACAUGUUCCCGGGAGCCCCUUCCAGUUCACCGUGGGCCCCUUGGGAGAGGGCGGCGCCCACAAGGUGCGGGCCGGCGGCACCGGGCUGGAACGGGGCGUGGCCAGCGUCCCAGCCGAGUUCAGCAUCUGGACCAGAGAGGCGGGGGCCGGCGGGCUCUCCAUCGCAGUGGAGGGUCCCAGCAAGGCAGAGAUUGCCUUUGAGGACCGCAAGGACGGUUCCUGCGGCGUCUCCUAUGUGGUCCAAGAGCCCGGAGACUACGAGGUUUCCAUCAAGUUCAAUGACGAGCAUAUCCCAGACUCGCCCUUCGUCGUCCCCGUGGCCGGUUUGUCGGACGGGGCCCGCCGCCUCACCAUCACCAGCCUUCAGGAUUCUGGACUCAAGGUGAACCAGGAAGCGUCCUUUGCGGUGCAGCUGAACGGAGCUCGAGGCGUCAUCGACGCCAAGAUCCACGCGCCUUCCGGAGCCACGGAGGAAUGUUUGAUCAGCCAGCUGGACGGCGAUCGGUACGCCAUUCGGUUCGUCCCCAAAGAGAACGGCGUCCACUCCAUCGACGUCCGAUUCGGUGAUAGCCACGUGCCCGGAAGCCCCUUCAAAAUUCGCGUGGGGGAGCCCGGUCAGGCGGGAGACCCCAGCAAGGUGUCGGCUUCGGGGCCCGGCCUGGAAAGGGGGAUCACAGGGGUCGCGUCAGAGUUCACGGUGAACACGUGUAAGGCCGGCAGUGGAGCUCUGUCCGUGACCAUCGACGGUCCCUCCAAAGUCCAGAUGAGCUGCCAGGAAUGUACCGAAGGCUACCUGGUGUCCUACACCCCAAUGGCUCCCGGGAGCUACCUGAUCUCCGUCAAGUACGCGGGAGCGCAGCACAUCGUCGGCAGCCCCUUCAAGGCCAAAGUCUCAGGUCCUAGUUUGUCCGGAGGUUCGAGCCUUCGUGAGACGUCAUCGGUUCUGGUGGAAACCGUCACCAAGUCCUCAUCCGGGAUGGCCGGGGCUUUCGCUUCCCUGCCCAAAUUCUCCUCGGAUGCGAGCAAGGUGGUCUCCAGGGGGGCCGGCCUCUCCAAGGCCUUUGUGGGCCAGAAGAACUCCUUCAUGGUGGACUGCAGCAAAGCGGGAAGCAACAUGUUGAUGGUGGGGGUCCACGGCCCCAGGGCCCCGUGCGAGGAGGUCUACGUGAAGCACGCGGGCCACAGGAUGUACAAUGUGACGUACACGGUGAAAGAAGUGGGAAACUACAUCCUCAUGGUGAAAUGGGGCGAUGCCCACAUUCCCGGGAGCCCCUUUCAUGUCACUGUACCGUGAUGACGUCUCUUUUUCUAAAGUUCUCUUGAGACAAAUCCAGUUGGUAGUUGCGAUGAAAGAGAUAUUUUUUUGGAAUCGGCUUUUGUUCUCUCUGCGGAAAUUUUGGCAGGCGGGAAGUGACAAAGAAAGUCUUAUCGUGGCUUUUCGAACGCCACGAUUGUUUCAUACGUUUCAUAACAAUGAAAGCAUUCAUAAGAAUGAAUAAAAGGUCACACGGCCAUCGGUUGUGUCAUUUUGAUUGCAAGU